AUGCGAGUUUCCUAUUCAUCACUUUUCUUCUUUACACUAGUUAUCAUCCCUUCUGAAGUCAAUAUGGCUCCGUGUGCUAUUGGAGAUGACUGUGGAUGCAUCAAGCGUGGCUCUUUUGACAGUGCUCAUCUUGAAACCGCCUUUCCUCAAACAUAUGCUCAAUUCAAUUCAACUUACACAUUCACUCAUCCGGUUAUCACUUAUCCGGAUUGUGAGGCUAUCAUUUCCAACUGCACGGCACCUGCCGUUAUCACUGUUCUUUAUGAAAAUGGAACCCUUAUCGUCUCUCCAAAAGGCAUGAAAACCCCAAAUGUCCUUUCUGGAAUCUACUGUGGAGACGCAGAAUGGAGAAUGCAGGGAGUCGGAGGUUCAGUGGACUUCAAUAUUCGCUCUGUUAAUGUUUCUUGUGCUCUUAAAAGAUAA